AUGGAGAAGACGGCACCCAGCGCACAUACGGCUCCUCACGACACCGUCUCAUCUCAGGAUGUCGAGGUCGCCUUGCGACGCGUCGAUGGCCUCGUUCUGCUACCGUUGGUGUUCAUGUUCGUUUUCUUGCAAUUCGACCGAACCAAUCUUGGCAACGCUUUGACAGACACCCUUCGCAAAGACGCCCACCUCACGCAAGCUGAUAUCAAUCUCGGCCAAACUCUGUUCACCUUGGGCAUCGUAUUGUGGGAGCUUCCCAGCAACGUCAUCAUCAAGCGCGUCGGCGCUCAUCGAUGGCUUCCACUCCUGAUGUUUUGCUGGGGUACCGUCACCUGGAGUCAGACGUUCAUCACGUCGCGGCGUGGUUUCCUUACAACACGCUUCCUCCUGGCUACAUUCGAAGCCGGCUUCAUCCCGGGUGCGGCCUUCUAUCUCGGACAGUUUGUCACACGUCGGGAACUGGCCUUCCGCUAUGCUUUGCUAUGGGCUGCAAACAGCGUAGCCGGAGCCCUCGGGGGUGUCUUAGCGCUCGGGCUGCUAAGCUUGAGCGGAAAGCAUGGAGUCCACGGCUGGCAGUAUUUGUUUGCCAUUGAAGGCGCCCUUACAUGCUUCGUCGCAGUUUUGAUGGCACUCCACCUACCUCAGAGUCCCAUCGAUGCUUCUAAGCGGCACCGUGUGAUGGGAAGCCGAUGGACGAUCCUCAAGCCUGACCAAGGCGCAAUGCUUCAGCGACGUGCAAUGCAGGACGAUCCGAGCAAGAAAAACAACCUUCGCCGCGUAACGAUCCGCGACUUCGACAUACUGCUUGACCACCGAAUCUACGGCCAUCUCGUCAUGGCCUUUCUCUCGUCAGUGAUGUUCAGCCCGAUCAACACCUAUGCGCCGUCCAUCAUUAAAGCAUUGGGCUACCGUGGGUACUCUGCCAAUGGCAUGAAUGCUGUGGGAUCAGCAUGCAACCUACUCGUGGCGCUACCGCUAGCCUACUUCUCCGAUCGCACGCGGCACAGAGGACUCUUCGUGCUCACAGGCUUCAUAAUCUCUGCCGUCGGCCUGCUCUGGCUGGCUCUGCCUCCCAACACCGUAAGCCGCGGUAUACUUUACGCUGGUGUCAUAGUCACUGAAGCCGGCAUGGGCAGUGUGCAGGGCAUCAAUGCUGCGUGGCUGAGCGAGAACGUUCAGGAGCGGCAGCGGCCAAUAGUGCUGGGAUGCUAUGUCAUGUCGAUCCAGCUUGCUUCUUUCGUCGGUGCGAACCUGUUCAAAGCGGCCGACGCUCCAAGAUAUACUCAUGGACUGCUUGUUUGCGCAGGUUGCACUUUUGGGGCAGCGGCAGUAAGCAUCAUUUGGACGGUGUUGUACAAAGCGGGCAGCCGGAGUGAUGCAUGA